AUGGCGCCUAACCUUGCCGGCACCACUGUGCAGAGCAUCGAUCGACAACCAAUAUCGCGGCCAUCACUGCGUUCGUAUGGCCGGCAGAACACAGGAGCGCACCGUAGCCAAUCGCGCGCAGAGACGCUGGCCGUGCACCUCGGCGACGUUGAGGCACGCACCUAUCUUGUCGAGGUACUGCAAGGCGAAGCAAGUCCACUGGAGUCUUUGCUGAAGGCGUACCCGGGCUGCGUCUGGGACGGGUCAGAGUUCUUGCUGCUGCCUUUGCUAGACGAGCAGCGGGAGCCGAGCGAGGUCCUGCCAUCAGCCAUUGCACGAGAGCCGACGGUGCACGUGCGCGGCGCGGUCGAGGAGAGCGACACGACCGCCAGCAUGGACAAUGCACCACCCUUGGGUUUCGGAAGAGAGGCGGCCGACGAAAUGGUGCUCCCUGGCAUGACGACGUUCUUGUGCUCCGCCAAUGCGUCAUUCGAUGGCGCAGGCGGCGGCGGCACAGUGCCCGGUGCAACGCCUCCUCCGUCGUCGCAGGCAAGUGUGCCCAUGAACGGUGGUGACUCAGUGGUGAACAGCGCGGGCUCCGCAGCUCGCAACACAAUGGGCAUGCAGGCCGGACGGCUGACGACCACCGCUGUCCCGGUCGUGCCUUGCUGGAAGCGCUUCAGCGUAACAGCCGCCCUGUAUCUGGCCCUCGGCGAUGCUGGUUGUUGCGAUGUGGCCCACUUCCCUUACGCAGCGGUCCAGCUGUGCGACUGGGACGACCUCGUAGGGCAGCAGCGGAUCCGCAUCGAGGCGAAGGUGAGCUGCUCCGCAGCUGCGAUCAGCGCCCUCGAAAAGGGGACGCGUGGCCGGCGCGCCCGGCUCGUGCCGGUGGCGGUCCUGCUCCCCACGUCUCGCAAGGGGGUAAUGCGGCGGCCCUUGUCGCUGACGACGCAGCCCUUCACGGAUGCCGAAGUGUUUCAGCUCUUCUACCUGCAGCUACUGUUUCGCGCCUACUUCGAUGUCCGCUUCCGCGGUAUGACCUUCACGCCACCUGGGCAAGCAGCGCGGCACCUUCGCUCCGACCUUGUCGCCGCGCGUUCGAGUGGUAGCCACCACGUGGCCUUUGAGCACCCUACGAAGAACGAUGAGUGGUUGCUUUUUCCCGCUCACACCCGCCUUCUGACACUGCUGAACCUGGAGGAGGCGGUUGUGCCGCUCUAUGCGACGCCAGCGGAGCUGCAGGAAACCUUCUCGCUCCCACUCUUUGGCGCCGGUGAAACGUUGCCGUGCCUAGGCGUCGCGGGCCGCGAUGCGGCGCAGUGGGCGGCAACGGUGGAGGUCAGCAGCCCCGAAACAGCCGUCCUGGCGCUGGUAGCUCUCUUCGACAAAAUGAGGGAUCAGUUCGGGUGCACUCGUGGUGAGCUGUGGCGCCGCGCCACCGGGGACGCCCAUGGCGGUGCUUUGCCCUUCGCACCGCUCCUCUUUCGCUGCGGUGAGCUCACGGCGGGGGCGUCGUUGCAGCUCAAUGGCGUAACCCUCUCCCGCUUCUUCGUUCCGCCGAGCAAGCAAGCGACGGCUGGGUCUGGCGCACCUCCUGCGGGUGACGUCUCGGCCGACUCCCCUCCCAGUGGUUCGCUUCUUUCGGGCAUCCCGGCGGUGGACUCGGCGCACACGACCACAGACAGCCCCACACCCUCCCUGUCCCCUAGGCCGUUGUUGACAGAGAUCGGGCUCCAAGCGGCCACAUCUACGACCAUGGACACUGUGACCGAGAUGGUACCCGAUGCGGGUGGUACGCGCGCCAGCUUUGAUGGUGACCAAGACAGAGAUGCAGGGUUCCCCAGCUCCUCGGAUGCAGUUGAACUGGCCGGCACCAAGUCAUCGGAGGAGAUGCUGUGCGGUUCCAAGAGCGUCCCGCCCGUGCUGGUACACUUGGGCUCUGUUCAUAACACUGCCGGCGCCACGUCCGCGCAAAGCCCCAACAUCGUACCCGCCUUGGUUUCUACUGUGGAUUCGGAUCAGGAGGAGGAUGCCGAGAAGGCUGAGGCGCCGCCACUCUGUGUCGUAGCAGACUUCGAAGGUGUGAGGCUGGACGAGGUGACGACGACCUGCAGCGAGCUGCGAAGCGCCUCCUCUGUUGGUCCGUCGAGUCCGUUUACGAAGCGGGAGAGCUUGAUCACACGGUGGCGUGACUACAUCCAGAACGGCAACUGCGCCAUCUUUACUGGUGCUACGACUGACAUAGAGGUGCUGCGGUUUCUCGGUCGAGGCGGCAGCGGCCUUGUCUACAGCGGCAUCUACGGCUCUCAGCGGCUCCCUGUGGCGGUAAAGGUGUUCGUCAUCCCGGAGGGCAUGGACCACGAGCAGUACGUGCGGGAGUCUCUCACGGAUGUCGCGUUCUACGUCCUGCUGAAUGAGCUCGAAGACUUUGCUGUGUGCUACGGCGGCCGCGCCCAUGACUUCAUCGUGAGCCAGCAGACGCCGAAGGGGCUACCAGCAGAGACCGCGGCCGAGGCGCGACGCGGGGACGACGACGCGACAAUCAAACUGUGCUACUUGGUCACAGACUUGAUGGAUGGUACACUGGGGCGGUUCUUGACGGAGCACGACGCCGACUUCGACCCCUUGUACGACCAACUGGUCAACUCCCCCCUGCGCGAUGGCGAGCUUUUCCAGUUCCUUUUUAUCCAACUCGUCACCAAGAUGCUGUUCGACUGGAAAGUGCUGGAUAUGAUGCUGAACAAUCAGCUCCGUGGGGACAACAUUGGGUACCGCUACGUGGCGAGGCCGCCAGCGCAAAUCGCGCACCUGAGGGAGAGCCCAGAGGAGGCUGUGGCGCUGGCCGGGUCACGUCAGUACUACGCUGGUAUUCUAUACGGCUUCCAGUUUGGGCCUGAUGAGCCUUUACACUACCUGCGCUUUCCCGCCGAGACAGGUGUGGCAAAUCAUGCCAAGUUGGGUCCGCUGCGCUUCAUCUGCAUCAUCGAUGUAGGACAAGGCAUACAGCCAAAUGUGGCAGAGCUCGUGCGCAACCGCUUCAUCGGUGAAACUGUGCUUGACUCGUGCGUCGAGGACGAUGGCUUCGGCCGGUACUGGCCGCUUAACGAGCUGUACUGCAGCUACGUGGACGUCGAAGGAACUCUCGCGAAGGACGUGGCCGCCUGGGGUAGUGCGCGGCGCGUGGCCACAAAAGAGGAUGCCUCUCAGGCGCUACGUGAGCUGUUCGAGUACUUCUACCCGACCUUCGGCAUCGAGGCGCCGACAGAGGAGGAGCUGCACACUUACUUGUGUUUCUCGUGGACCCCAACCAACCUGGGGCACCUGAAAGCCGCGGACGUCUACCGGGGCGAGUGA